UCAGGACGCUCGCUUCCUUUUCACCCUUUCUCCUCCCCCAUCCGCCCCUCACACCCCACCAUGAGACUCACAAUCGCUUUCGUCGCCGCUCUCGCCGCCGCUGCUGGCGUCGAUGCUGGCGUCCACAAGGCCAAGCUUCAGAAGCUCGACAACAACAAGGGCCACACGGUCGAGUCGAUCAUGGCUCAGACGCAGAUGAUGAAGCAAAAGUACGGCGCCAACAAGCACCAGAACCCCUUCACGAUUCCCUUCAAGAACGGCAACGAGGAGGCGGACUUCGGCAUCCUCCCCGUUGAAGACGCCCAGAGCGAGUGGAAGACAGAGGCUAAGAACGGCCACGGGGUCCCUCUGACUGACUUCCUCAACGCCCAGUACUUUGCCGACAUCACCCUCGGAACGCCUCCUCAGAGCUUCAAGGUCAUCCUUGACACGGGGUCGUCGAACCUCUGGGUUCCCUCGCAGAGCUGCAGCUCGAUCGCCUGCUUCCUCCACACAAAGUACGACAGCUCCUCGUCGUCGACUUUCAAGAAGAACGGUUCGGAGUUCAAGAUCCAGUACGGAUCUGGCGCCAUGGAGGGCUUCGUCUCCAAGGACGACCUCACCAUUGGUGACCUCAAGAUCAAGGGACAAGACUUUGCUGAGGCUACGUCGGAGCCUGGCUUGACCUUUGCAUUUGCCAAGUUCGACGGCAUCCUCGGUCUCGGCUACGACACAAUCAGUGUCAACGGAAUUGUGCCUCCCUUCUACCAGAUGCUGGACCAGAAGCUGCUCGACGAGCCCAAGUUUGCCUUCUACCUUGGCAGCAGCGACAAGGACGGUGGCGAAGCCGUCUUCGGUGGCAUUGACGAGUCCCACUACGAGGGCAAGAUCACCUACGCACCCGUGCGCAGAAAGGCAUACUGGGAGGUUGCUCUCGACGCCGUCAAGCUUGGCGAGGACGAGAUGCCCCUCGAAGACACAGGAGCUGCCAUCGACACUGGAACGUCGCUUAUCGCCCUCCCCACAGACAUCUCUGAGAUCAUCAACAAGGAGAUCGGUGCCACCAAGGGCUGGCAGGGAGCUUACACUGUCGAGUGCGACAAGAUCCCCUCGAUGCCCGACCUCACGCUCACACUCGACAGCAAGCCUUACACGCUGACAGCAAAGGACUACAUCCUCCAGACGUCCGAGUCGAGCUGCAUCUCUGCCUUUACGGGCCUCGACAUCCCUCCUCCUCUCGGCCCCAUCUGGAUCGUUGGUGACGUCUUCCUGCGCAAAUACUACACGGUGUACGACCUCGGAAAGAACGCUGUUGGCUUUGCCAAGGCCAAGUAGGACUUUGCAAUUGCUCUAUGCUGUCCUUAGUCUAGUCCUUUGUCCAAUCUCGCACACGCUCCCCAUCUCUCAUCGUCCCUUCACCCGAGCUCUCUUUAACGACUGCAUUAGCGGUGCCAUGCCCCACUCCAAUCUGGAAUCGAAUGAAAUAACAA